GUGCAUGCCACAAUUUGUAGCAGAGUCGUCCUUGUAAAUUGAUAUGUGCUUUACAAUGGGAUCCGUGUUACCUGUGGUGUUUAUGUGUAUAACAGCUUUGAUUUUUACUGGAAAAGAAGCUGAGUCGUACCCUUGUACCAAGCCUCAGUUUAAUGUGGAAGACAGUAGUUACUGUUAUGAGAAAAUAAAAGUUCAAAGAGCAUACAGUAAUGCCACAAAUUAUUGUUCGGCGAAUGGAGGUGGUCUUAUAGAAAUCACCUCCCAAGUUAUAAACCAGGCUGUUUUAAAUGGAAUGGAGGUAAACAAAUAUUACUGGAUAGGAGGAACAAAAGAUGAGAAAGGAAACUGGUAUUGGCCGGAGGCAGGUUACCAAUGGAAUUUCAGUGCAUUGAGUGAUGCAAGGAGUAACAGCAAAUGUUUAUAUAUCUCGAAAAGCAACACAGCGGGAAAUGGUUGGUUUACCGAUUCGUGUGAUAAGAAGCACGGAUACAUUUGCCAAUAUAAAAUGGACUCAGCGACCAGUAGUGCGACAACUGAAUCGUCGACUACAAAACAAACUUCCCAUCCCCUUUUAAACACAAGCAGUUCCAUAACCGUAAAGCAGUCAUUAACUACUAGUGCGUCCAAACCACUCAGUUCUUCACUCUCGCCGCAGAUAACAUCAACUGGGGUUUCCAGUCAAAAUACAAAAGAAAUAACCCACAAAACCACAAACCAACAACAGGGAGAAAUUCACAGCACCGUACACAUAGAAACUACUACGAAACAACCCAUCGGCAAACAGACAACAACACAACUAUCGCUGACAAACAAGACGGACAUUGAUUCAUUGAUAGCCGAACUUGCAAGACAAUGUGAAGCUGAAAGAAAAAGACAACAACAAGAAGUGAACGUGCGGACCAUAGGGUUUAGCGUGGCGCUUGCCAUAAGUUUCACGAUUAACGUAGGCCUAUCUUUUCGUAUUUACUGCCUGAGAAGAAAAAAAAAGGAUGAGCAUAAAGAAAAAGGCGGACAUGAAGAGGAUCAAAUCGCUGAAUUUAAGUUUAACGGAGAGGUUUCUUAAUUUCCCUAAGAUCGUGACAGAGUUAUGUUGAUUGUCAGGAAACAAGGGCCAGAGUUACGUUGCUUUGUCGCCAUGUUAUAUUUGUUUAGUAUAAGUUUAUUUAGGGAAUUCUUGCGCUUUGGACUUAACCCUACAUCAUAUUUAUCAAAGAAAUUAAGAAAUUAGAGGAAUAAUCCUGUCGUACUCUUUGAUCAAUUUAGAAGACCACACUUUUUGAU